UACUUUUCGAAAUAAUAAACUUAAUUUUUUUUUUCAGUCCGAAAAAAGCCAUUAACGAAAAAUAGGCGCAUAACAGACGAUCAAUUGCGCUUCAUUUAUUAUUUACUUGUUGUACCAUUAUUAUGGAUCUGUUGAUACAGUCGAAAAGUCGCGGGAUCCGAUACGAGGGUUAUGAUAACGAUUUCAUACAAUGUAUUUUCGAGGAUGCUGACGUAUCCGGUCGCAACGAACGAUACGAAUUUAGAUGUCGACCUGAUUUGGAAUGCUGUGGUCGAGUGUGUUGUAUACCUCAAGAAAAUGUAAUUCCUCUAUGGUUGAUGAUACUAUUUAUAAUAUUAGGAUUACUUCUUCUCUGUGCUCUUCUCAGUACAAUAAUCUGGUUCCUUAGGAAAAUCACAAAGCAAAACAAGUCUUUGGAUAAAGGAAAGCAAACAAAGAUAACCAAUUAUCAAGAUCAACAUCCUGCAGUGGGUUAUCGUUCUUACAAGCAAAAUGAAUCACAAGAAGAGAUUGGUAAGGAAAAUCUGAUCCGGAAGGAUAAGGACGAUUUGUACAGUACACCAAAUGGAGCUGGAACCAUUCGUUCCAUGCGUGGAAAGCGCAAUCCUUUGUAUACCACUACUAGUAGUACAGUCAAAAUUCGCGAAACAUUCGAUCGAACAAUCAGUGAUGGUAAUGUAUAUGACAAAACCGGAACUGGUACUGAUACAGGUACCGGUACUGGUGGUGAGACAACCGGUCGAUCGGAAAUGAUUGUGGAUAAUGAUGGCCGGAAGCAACUAAAUACCGCAGGAAUACGACGUAAUGGUAACGGGUAUCAAACAACAGAAUCAACAUCACUUCCACGUACCAUAUCCGCUACACAGAAUGGAUCACCUCCAUUGGGACAUUAUUCGACCCGAGAAACAUUCGAGGAAAGAUGUGAAGAGAAUUAUGUUGCAGAGGAAGAGAAAUCAAUAUCGUAUUCUGACACAAAAGAAUUAUUAUGA